AGUACGGGUAUAUAAAACGACGUUUUUUCGAAAACAUACGCCCAUCCUUUAAUUCUAAACGUCUGGAACGUACCUUACAACAUGUCGCUCUACAGAUUCUGCAAGUAUUCCGUACUUGUGGGCACCACCACCGUUGCAGGAGCUCUACUCUUCCAACAACGCAGACCAACUCCUGACUGGCAGCAGGUAGCGCGGCUAGAAUUCAGCCGGCCGUCCUACAACCCCGCACCGCCGGGGUACAGGGGACCGCUGUUCCAGCCACGACUGGACUUUCCCUCCACACAGCCUAGGGACGAGACUUUUCCCUGGCUGGACAUGGACUUCAAAACAGAACCAGAAAGAUAUCUGCUUACCGUUCGGGAUUACUGUUUGGAAGGGAACACCGAGUGUGACUUCAGAGUAGCGGAGAACCAAACCCGUGACUGGUACCACAUCCCGUGGAUGUCCUUCCUCCCCACGGGGCGCGAGCCUAUCCACGGCAUGACCAUGGAGCGGCCAGCUGCCCCGGGUAUGUUGGCGGACACCCAGCGGCGGAGACUACAGACCUGGGCCGUAGCGUUCUACAACGCGCCCGGUGCCUUCGUGAUCGGCAACGUCUGGGAAGAACCGUCGCGCCCUAAAGUAGACGGUGUCGUCUUUCCUGAAGGAACGGUCGGCUUCAAGCUUCUCUUUACAGAAGGGAGUGCUGAAGACAUCCCGUACUUGACGGAAAGUCCCGUCUGGAAGGCGGCCAUUGCCAAAGAGCCUGAGGAACCAGGUGACAGGGGCCCACUUGUUAACAUGAGACUCAUUCAGAUGGACGUCGCCGUCAGGGACGAACGCGCAGAUAUUGGCUGGGUGUUUGGGACGUUUGUGUACCACAUCUCACAGUGCAGUGUCGCCCCCUGGCGGAGACUGGUGCCCGUGUGUCUGCAGUGGGGGAACGAUCCGGACCUGACUCAGCAGCGGUACCAGGAGGGCGCCAGGCCCGUACAGACAUGGAACAACCCGCGGCUCAGGGACCUAGGGAUACUACCAGCUUCCCGCCCGUACCUGGGCUGGCUGGGCCGGGCGAACGGACCGGUGGACAACUUCAAGUCCUGCUGUGCCUCCUGUCACUCCACGGCCUCCGUACCGGACAAGGACAACUCCGUCCCUCGGCCGGUACCCCCCAGUCGUCCCGAGAGCGACGGCGAGUUGAUGCGGUGGUUCCGUAACCUGAAAGCAGGGGAGCCCUUCGAGGAAGGACGAAAGUCGAUGGACUACUCCCAGCAACUGAAGAGUAGUAUUAAGCAGUACAACGAGUGGGCGAAUGAACACAGACCAAAAACACUUCUAAACAGGGCGGUGGUGUGGUGGCAAGGACUGCUGCAAGUGCGACCGUUUCCCAAUGCGCCCACGCCUCCUAGCGGAAACGAUAACUAAUGCAAUUAGUCGACCGGCAAAGACAAAAAUUAGACA